CGGAAGUGCCGUGGUUCCGGAGCGGCGACCGGGUGGCAAUGGCAGCGGGACGGCUGCGGCGCGGCGGGCCGGCGGGCCCAUUCGCCUCCCGGCGCGGCGGCGCUGGCUGAGGGGAGCGGGCCGCCUGCCGCUGCCCUCCCGCUCCCUUCUUCUCCGCUGGAGGAAGGUGCAGAGCAUGGAGAAUGAUGAACUUCCGCCAGAGGAUGGGAUGGAUUGGUGUGGGGUUGUACUUGUUAGCAAGUGCUGCAGCUUUUUAUUACGUCUUUGAAAUCAACGAAACUUACAACAAACUAGCACUGGAGCACAUUCAGCAACACCCCAAGGAACCACACGAAGGAACCACAUGGACGCACUCCUUAAAAGUACGACUGCUAUCCUUGCCUUUUUGGCUGUGGACUAUAAUAUUUUUAAUACCGUAUUUGCAGAUGUUCUUGUUCCUCUAUUCCUGUACAAGAGCUGACCCCAAAACUGUUGGGUAUUGCAUCAUUCCUAUCUGCUUGGCUGUGAUUUGCAAUCGUCAUCAAACAUUUGUGAAGGCCUCUAAUCAGAUCAGUAGAUUGCAGUUGAUUGACACCUAGCUCGGGUUCUAGUUUCUGUAGUUGUUUUGAAGCAAUUGCAUAUGCCUGAUCAAGAGGCAUAUGCAAUCACAAGACUGACCUUCUGAGUGAAGGCUGGAAAGAGCCUUUUCUUUGAAACUAUCCAAAUGAAGAGAAUGACUGUUUUCUAUUAAAAGAAAAAAAAAAAACAACAAACAAAAC